AUGAACGUUCAUAGAAGAGAUAGGGCCAUGUUAAACCAAUCCUCAAUUAACAACAACAACCCUAAUUUCGCUUCUACUAAUUGCUUGUCCUUGUUUCAAUCCCCUUCUUCUUCUUCUUCUCAUCACUAUCUUUCAACUUUACCUAACGCUAAUCCUUCGUUCGGAGUAACAGCUUCUUGUGGCGGUCGAUCAAAGGAUCUGGGGAAAGAUGUGAGGAGUUCUUGUUCUAGGGUUAGGGACAAACAUCAAGUGGGAAUUGGGGUUUUUGACGAGGGGUUGAAUUUUGGUUUUGGUCGAUCUCGGACGACGACGUCGGGUUUGUUUUAUCACGAUGACGAUCAAGAUGACCCGGGGGUGGUGGCAGGAUGCAAGAGGAGGAAAACGGAUGAUGAAACAUCGCCGAUACAAUUUUAUGUGAAGUCGAGUAAUUUGGUAGAAAAUCAACAUCAUCAUCAUCAUCAUAUUCAAUCAGAGGUAAUUGGACUUAGCUCUACCUCCUUACAUGAUUUGGAUCUUGAACUCAGGCUUGGUGGUCUCUCUAAAGGUUGA